CAUUAAUCACACAUUAUGUCUACCAAUAAAAGAUAUUUGUGACAGUGAAGUGCCAUAUAUUAACAGUUAAUGAGUUUAUGUUACAAAUCGCUAACCACAACAGCUGUGUCCCUCUGUUAUUUACUUGUCGCCGAGAAACUAUGACGUCACAGGUACUCGACGACUUGUUGUGGCAUUCCUUUCUGCGUUCACGAACUGGAAGGAAUUAAUUAAAACAGUAUACCUGAAGAAUGUUUCCAGUUGUAGAAGUAUUAAAAUGUCCUUGAACUGAAGACAUGUGCUAUUAAUACUUAGUCAUAAAUGUUGCUAUGCAAGAUGUGAUGGUGAGAUCAUCGGAAAAAUUAACCAACCAACAUUUGUGAGUUAAACAUUAAACUUUUGAUAUGGGGUGUGGCUCCUCGACAGUUGGGGUCAGCCCAGAUGGACAUGUGGAUGGUCAGAAUGGACAGAUGAAUGGUCAUGUUACUACAGGAACAAAGAAAAAGCAGAACAUAGUGACUGACAGCAACGGGAACAGACAGGAUAUAUCCUCCAACAACCCAGUGCCGAGGGGCAUUGCCUUCGAAGUAUGUCUAGAUGACCGGCCAACUGCUAGUCUCAUUGCCAAGCAUCCUCCAAGACUAAAGAAAUUAGAACCCUUGAACCUGCCAAAGCUCACUCCAGAAAUGCUGGCACAAAAGCAGAAGCUAGCUGAUGAAAAACGAGAAUUGGCAUUACAAAAAAAAAUAAAGAAAUCUCAGAAAUCAUCAAAACGACGCAAUGAGCUGCUAAAAGCAAGAGAAUUUGAGGAACAACGUCGGCGAGAAGAACAAAUGAAGAUUAUGGAGCAGCUCAAAUUGGCAGAGUUGAAGAGGGAAGCUAAGCUGGAGGAAAUUAAAGAAAGACAGAGAUUGAAGGAAGAACGAGCACGGAGAGCUAGAGAAAAGGCAAAGCGUUUACAAGGGGAUCCAGAUGUUUCAUUAGAUGUGGAGAAAGAUGAGACAUAUAAUAACAGUGACACUGGAUCUUGGUUAGACGAAGACAAUGAAAGAAGUCGUAAAAAGUUGAAACCUCUCAAUUUGCGGCCGACAGUUAGUACAAGCACAAUUGACAGUUUUGAAAAUGCGUUUCAGCGGCCUCCUGGUCUAAAUCAUGCACAUGCACAUGGUGAUGAUUUCUUUGAUUCCUGAUGAUAUUUUGAAUUUAAAUAUUUUUAUUUUAAGCUCAUUGCCAUAGGAGAUGGAUACUGUAGCCCAUCCAUAUAUAUAUAUAUGCAUGUGUUUGCACAUGCAAAAACUGGUCACCAUCUUAACUACUCUAACAGACAUAAAUAUAAUGUUUAAACAUCGAACAUCCAAGUGGUUAUGGGAUGGGUAACUCAACAAUGAUUUAUUUAUUUUUAUAUGCCCAUCUUUAUUAUGUUGUACUAUGGUAUGGUGUAGUCCUUCCAUUAACUGUUCUUGUCUGGACCACAUCUUGGGUACCAAUGAAUGCAAGACCAUCAAACCUUAAAAGCAGUUGGGAUGGGGUUGUGUUGUAUACGAUUACUAGGUGACUGUGACCUAUUUUUCAGCUUAUUACAUAUUAAGAUGAAUCUUUAUCUGGGGCAUAUCUUCCUUAUCAAUGUGUAUGGGAUCAUCAAAUCUUGCAUGCAAAUACAACCUUGGAUAUCAGUGUCACACACCAUUACUAGGUCACUGAGACUUACUUUUCAGGGAUUACUGCACAAUAAAGGAAAUCCCUUGUACAGGCCAUAAUAUCUUCCUCGUUAAUCCAUGCAGGACCACAAACUUUGCACACAGUAACAACUUGGGAUGCGGUUAUGUUGCAUUCCAUCACUAGGUCACUAAGACCUAAUUUUCAUGGUUUACUGCAUAUUAGGAAAAAGGUUUUCUCUCUAUAUCUUACUAAUUCAUGAGCAACCAUCAAACCAUGCAUGCAAGAACAACUUAGGAUGGCAGUGUGCUGUGUACCAUUACUACAGUAUUAUUCCUAUUUGUAGCGCCCGGGCGCAAUGCAAAACACAAAGGGGGCGCGCUAAUUAGAAUAAUAGAACACGUUUCGUAAUACGUGUGAAAAAUCCUCGUAUCAAACUGUCAAUGCGUCUGGCUCGCUUAGACAUCAAAAGCUUUGCGGCCGAGUCACUCCACCAGUGACGUUUUCUUGUUGAAAUGACGUAGCGUACCGUACAUCGUCAGCUGAUUUAUCAAAAUACAUGGUACUGUGCACGUAGGCAUAUAGGGCCUGCGGAGUGUAUUUGAAAGUGGGGUGGGGAGGGGUGUGUGAUUGAGACCCCUCAUACUUGCCCACUUCAUUUUGUCACCCAGUCUGAAUAUAUUUUAAACGGUGUUACGGUGUCGGUGUAAAUACCUACCGGUAUGUUUGUACUUCCGGUUUUGAACAGCGUUAACGGAGUGUCGUGCGUUCAUUCUGCGUGGAGAUAACAGCGACAUACAUUUGAUAAACGACAUGUGUGACAUACUGUUCGCCCAUACUAGUGUUGUAGUGCUUCACCUGUUUGGAUUUUAUUUGUUUACCGAUUAUUGUCAUUGCAAGUCGGCAGUUUUACUAUUUUACGGGUACCGUUUCAUGAUACACUUCUCGUGAUCAUAGGGGGCACUUAUAUUAGAGGGGGCGCUACAAAUAGGAACAAUACGGUAGGUCACUAAGACCUAUGUUUCAUGGUUGUAGAUGAUAGAUCUUCGUCUUUUACUAGGUCACCCAGAUCUGCUUUUCAUUGUUCUAAAUAACUGACCUAUUAUUUAUAUAUAUAUAUAUAUAUAUAUAUAUAUAUAUAUAUAUAAACAUAUAAACAUAAUUUGUCUAAUUAACAUUUCAUACAAGAACUGUUUCUUCCCCAAUGUCUCUGUGGUACUGGUGCUACAAAACUUUUCCCAUUAUACGGUAAUACAGAACAAUAACUUCAUUAAUCAGACAGCACCUUCUCCAGUGAGUGCAGUAUCAUCAGUAGUUGGUCCAAAACAAACUGUUAAUCCAUCCCAUUGCACAAAUUUCACAUAAUUAUAAUCCAGUGAUGCAUUUAACACUUUUAUUUAUUUAUGUGUGAGCUUCUCUAUCUAACUCCUGAUGGGCAUAUCAUGUACCUCACCUGUACUCUUACUUUUAUCAUAUUUUUGUAAAUUGUACUAGAAAUGUUUCAUUUCAAACUACUCUCCGGACCAGAAUAAUCUUCCCUUUAAGCCAUUAUGAAUGUUUAACAAAUUUGGCAUAUGCAGCUUAUGCACUGGGGCAUUGACGGCAUAUUUUAACUUGCUUGUUGUCUUAUUAGGUAUUGAAGGUCAUUGUUUUUUAUCAAUGCACACUUUCAGUCAGUUGUUUUAUUCUUUUAACCUUAACAGGUUUUGCAUCCCUUAAUAAUGUAUUGUAACAUUUUAAGUGCUAAAAGUAUUUGUGAGGUGCUGUCAUACAUCACUGUAAUGUGAAAAUAACUUGACCAUUAUUACCCACAACCUGUGAUUUAUUACAAAUGUUAACUAUGAUGUAAUAGCUUCACAGUCGAUAUUAAUAACAUUCAACAAGGUCAGUUACAAUGAUGUUAAAUGAUGUCAAUUUCACAAACCACAACUGCUGCAAUACAGACUACAUCAGAAGUGUGCCAUAACAUUGUUCAAUGUAUUGCUAUAACCCACGCUAUAAAGAUAGCAUGGGAAAAUAUAUUUAUAUUUACAACCGUUUAUCGUAAACCAUGUGAAAAUGUAUUUGUCUGUAAUGCAGUGAUUUGUUUUCGUUUUCAUUAAAUACAACUUUGAAUGCAAGAUGUAAUGUUAUUUUCACAAACAUCAGUCACAAAACAACUAAUAGUCUAGACUUAAAUCUAGCAGUCUUCUCAUUAGACGCAUAAUGUUUAUGCAUAAGAUAGCCGGAUAACUUUUGUUUUCAGUUUUUUAUAUUGUGCUAAUAGUACAUAGACUUUCUACAAUUAUCUUUAUUGUGAUUGAAUUUCUAAUGUUAUUUAGUGUUUAAUUAAGUUUAAAAAAAAAUAUUUAUCACCCAAAUUUGAAAUCUGUAAUAAAGUAAUCCAUUAAUAAUUAUGGCUAUGACAUGACAGAAAAUUAUAAAAGCUGAUGAAAUAUGGCACAGCCCUGUUUAAAAUUACAAUCAGAUGUGUCUAUAUAUUUUUUUUUUAACAUAGACAGAUUUAAUGGAAAUAGUUGAUUAAAAAACCCAAAGAUUCUGGCCCAAGGUGAUUCUCCAUGCCAUCUUCUUAAUUUUAACGAGGAUUAACAGAUGUGUUCAUACAUUUCUUUCACUAGUGAUACAGCUAUUACUAGAAUAGGAACUUUUAUGGGGAGUUUUGAUCAUUAUUUAAUAGAAGGAAUAUAAUCGACAAAUUUUCUGAAGUUUUAAAAGUACAAUAACUUACUGAUCUUUAAAGUUGUUUUGCCAGGGUAUUUUGUUUUGUUAUGUACUCUCAUGUUGUGCCUUAUAAAGAAAAAAGUGCACAUGAUACAUGAGAAAAUAUGCUAUUUGUUAAAUAAACUGCUUUGGUUUUUAUAAAUUGAUAUGAAUAAACUUCAAAUGCAAUAAUGGAUAUCACCAAAAAGACAAAAGAUUGAACAUAUAAUUAAAUAUAGACAUACAUACAUACAUUUGUCCAUGAAUGUGCCAUAAUGUUUAUUUUUAUGUUGUCUUAGUUAUCAUUCAUAAUGAUGUCUUAUUUGGUUUAAUUUUGAAUUGGAUAACAAAAUUGAUUCUGUAAUUUUUUAGAGAUGAGUUCUUUACUAAUAAAGUAUUGAUUGUUCAGAUUAAUUUAAUGACUGUUUUUGUAGAGCAGUAUUGUGUUUGUUUCAUCUGACAUUUAUACAAAUUAGUAUUAUGAAGCAGGGUCCAAUAUGGUGUAAUUAAUAAACUCUAAAUUUAUGUUUCAUUCGAACAAUUGAUAUAACAUGUAUACACAGUGGCGGAUCCAGAAAAUCCAUUUAGGGGGGCCCCAUUGACAUGAGGCGGAAUGCCAAGGUAACUUUGGGGGAGGUUUGGAGGGGGAUCAUAAAAAAACUAUCGCAAAAUUUAUGGGGGACCCAGCAGCUUAGUUUUCUUUUUGGGUUUUUUGGUGGGAGAGAUGCUUUAAGAAAUGUUAUUAAAGGUUAACUUUAUAAUAAAAUUGUUGAACUGUCUUACAAAAUGCCUAUGCUAAACAGUCCAAACUUUAAUCAAAAUAAAAACAAUGAUGACAUCAUUAUUCAUACAUGUAUGUAUGCGAGUCAUUAUCGAUAAUUUAAAGUAUGUAUAGGGUUUUUUUAAAUCACAAAAUGUCACAAUUCAAGGUAGUUAACUCGGUGAUACUUUUUCCUUUAGCCACAACCAUUUAAUGCAGGAUUUUCAAUAAAAAAAAAUGUUUUUAUCGUAAUUGAAGUAGCCUCUUAGUUUUGGAAAUAAAAGAUAUGAAAUGUCAUCUGAUAUUUGACUACAACUUGGCAAAACAUUGUUUUGUCUGGUUUUAAUUUUAUUAUAAAUUAAACCCUUAAAUGAUUUAUCUUUACUUUACAAAUUUAAAUAUUGUGGAAUUGUCAAAUUCUUAUGCUGUUUUACUGUGAUAGUAACAUUUACAAAUGAACGAAGUCUAUAGCCCUGAAUAAGACCAGUUAAAACUAAUGGAUGUCCCAUCACUGAUGACCUCUUUUAUAUGUUAAAAGACUAUUAAACUAGUCUGGGCUAGUUUUAGUGCAUUAAAAAAUAUCCCCUCCAGCUAACUGAAAAAUAUAGCAGCUUUUUUUAUAAAUUACCAAAUGUUUAACAUUGAGUAGCUGCAAUCCAUGUGAUCUAGUAGUGCUGCUAAACAAAAGAAACUUUAAAGGGUUUUUAUUUUUUCAGUUAAUUUUAACUUUCCAUCAUGUACACAUUUUUAGUUUCAAGAUUUGUGUUAGAUUGUUAAACUGUUAAUAGAUAUUGUUUCAGUCUGUUGUAUAUAAGGCCAAAUUAGCCAUUACAGAAAUAUUUUAAUUUUUUAUUAAUAAGUUAGGCUGGUUACCACUGGGUUUUAAGGAUUAUAGACAUUUUUGGUUAAUUGUGUAACUGUCCGUCCUCCUAAACACAUAGUCACAAAAACGAUAGUGAUGAGGAGGAUGAAUUUACAAGUAGAUAUAACGUAAUAAAGACUAAUGAGUUGUUUUGAGAUCAGUGUAAAAAUACACUUAGUUGCAUUGUAUACCAAAUACAAGACAUCUGGGCCCGUGAUUAUAAAAUGUUUAGAAAUUUGCUAAUGACGUCACAUGCAUACAAUUUGUAUAGUGUUGUCAUGACAUUAGUGUCAGACUCUAUUAGAGGCUCGAGUUUUAGACUCUUGAAAGUUUUAUAAGCACCAGGCCUGGUGUAUGAGUAUCAGACAGCGAAAAGAGCUGUUAGAAAUCAAACAUUUAGCCAAAUAAGGGCUAUUAUACAUGUUUGCUCAUUCUAUUUUUAUAAUACAAUAUUAAUGAAGUCGAACUGUGAUAUUAGCAAUAUAUAAAUUGCUUCAAUUGCAGUAUUAUUGAAAUUGUGAUACAUGUAUCAAGCAAUGAUAGUAUUUAAUUUUUAGUACAUGUACAUGUACAUGUAUUACAGAAGUCAAGACGUUAAUCACACACAUUAUUUAGAAUUGUUAAUGUUAUAUAUUUAAACUCCGACUGUGAUAUUAGGCACAGAUAGUAUUAUAAUUAUAGUCCAAGUUGUGGUAUUAGAUGCUCUAGCAUUCACAAUUCAGUCAAGAUGUAUAGAAUUAUGUUUACAGUAUGUUAUUAUAUUAGUCUUACCUAUUAUAGUAUUGAUGAAACAGGGUCAUGACGAAGCAUAGCCUUUUUAUUUUAUAUAUUGAUGUGAUGUUUGUGCAUUUGUUUAUUCAUAUGAUGUGUUAUUUAUAUAUAUAUUUGUCUCACUCUUUGUUCAUACAUAAUGAUAUUCCAUAAGUGUCGGAAGCAGAAUGUGGUGGGGGGGGGGGGGGGGCACAGCCCAGGGGUACAGUGUUGGGGUGCACACACCCCUGAAUUCUGAAGUGCCCUUUAAACUCAAUGUGUAGCAAAUGAAUAGUUAAUUUUCAUGUUCAGUGGAGAACAUGUAAUAUCUUGGACAGCUUUAUGUUUUGAUGGAGGGGAGUAUUACCAUGUAUAAUGAUAUAAUGCAUGUUAGUGCACUUUUGAAUAUUGUAGGUGCAUUUUUUAAAUGUAGCACUCCUCCCUGAUAUUGUAGAAGCCCUUUUUAAGUGGUAUACCUCCUCCCUGAAAAAAAAUCUGAUAUAAAUCCUUGCACUGCCGCCCCUCUCCCCCUCUCCCCCCCCCUCCCCUCUGUAGCCUAUCAUUUGAAAAUCAUUUUUUCAACUAUUCCCACCCCACCCCAUUUGCUGUCAUCUUCCGAUGCCUAUGUAUUUCAGUGUGAAAUUUAAAUGUAACAUAUUGGGUGGGUGUGAAUAUAUUUAUUUUUGUGAUGUUUUGUUGUGGAGGUCUUUUGCCACCUACAGACAUAGUAAUGAUUUAAUUGGCUGUUUAUAGCACCUAAAUCUAUCCAAGAUUGUAAUCACUAGAUGUCAAUUAAACCACAGAAUAAAAAUAUCUUAAAUUAGUCUGAUAACAAUUACUAAUACAGAUUCAUUAUAGUAAAGAAGGAAAUUUGUACAGGUCACAAGAAUAUAAGUUGUAGUUUUGCAUCCAAAGUUCAAAACUCAUAACCUAGGAUAUAUACAUGUAUAGUAUGGAUAUUUUUACAUUUCACUGAAUAUUUCUAUAAGAAGAAAAAAAGACAAUUGAAAAGAAUCUUUGUUAAACAAAUUCAAGAAAUUGGGACAGCUAUUUACAUACCUAUGGAAUGUACACAGGAAGCUAUACAGAGCUCGGACAUGAUGAUGGCACUAAUGGCAAUGAUACAAACCAUCAUAGGUAAGGGUCUUUACUGAUGGCUGUUUUUUGCUACUAGAUAAAAAUUAUUCCCAUUUGUUGAAGGAAUAAUUUUGUUUUGUUAGUUUUAAAAUUACUGUAGGCCAGACUAAAAUUGCCAUACAUGUGUAUGUGAGCGAUUUGCAUAUGGCAGAAAUAUUGGUAACAAAUUCUCAACUUUGAGCCCUGCAUUGGUCGAUUAACUACGCAAAAAGCGACUGACCAAGCUAAUUGUCUGACACAUAGACCAAUCUCCACGACCACUUGCCAUGGUUUCAAAGGAUGAUAUACUAGUAAUCUUUUAACUUAAUGCUUGUUGUGCAGUACAGUACUUUCGUAAAAUAAUAUUGUAUGACUAAUGAAAAAUUUUCGGAUCGGAUUUCAGACAUGGGCAGUGGAUGCAAAUCAGCUUUCAUUCUCAUGGCCUUACAUGACAUUGUAACCAAUAGAAACAGAAAAAUUCCAUCCUCUAUGAUUAAAAAGAAAUUUUAGUGAAA